UUUCGUAAAUGCCUUUUUCCAAGCAAAAAAGGAUUUGGCACGUAAAGAGCGUCUAAUGAUGGACGAAACAAGUGAGGAAGGUCAAAGAUAUGUUGCCGAAUUAAUUGAGCGUCAAAAUAUUGAUUUUAUGCACAAUUUUGCUAUGGAACAUAUGCCUGAGGCUUUCAUUCCUGUUCAUAUGCUUUUUAUUCGGAUGAAGAUAAAUAAUUGUCCAGUCAUUGCUUUUAUUGAUUCUGGCAAGUUUUUUGAAUUUUAUUUUAAAAUUUUAAUUUUUGAAGGUGCACAAACUUCAAUUUUGUCUGAAUCUUGUGCUAAAAGAUGCAAUGUCCUUCGAAUGGUAGACAAACGAAUUCGAGUUCAGGCUGUAGGUAUUGGUGGAAAUCAGAAAAUGUUGGGAAGAAUCCAUUCCUGUCAAGUACAAGUAAAUGAUCACUUCUUUUCCUGUCCAUUUGAAGUUAUGGCUGAUCGGGAUAUUGAUAUUUUAUUUGGAUUAAAUACUUUACUCAGACACAAAUGCAGCAUUGAUUUAAUUAAAAUGGUUUUGAGGUUUGGUGAUGGUACUGAAGCACCUUUUCUUUCUGAGGCAGAAUUUCAACGAGAAAAGGAAGCUGUUAUUUUGAAUGGUUUGUUUUUUUCUUUUGAAAAAUUUUUUGGAUAG